GCGGAGACCACCCUCGAGAAAAAGGGUUGAAACGCGAAAUCGUGUUCACCAUUGUGGAACAGUGCCGGUGGUGGUGGUGGUUUUUUUUUUGCCAGCAGAAUUUGUUUAAAAAAAAAAAUAUAUAUACAUUUAUAUAUAGGAAGAAUCGAUCGUGUUGCAACCUACUACUCCUUCGUUUUUGUUUGUCGAACGAUCGGCAUAGUAAACGCGGCGUGCUCCAGCGUUAACUACGAUUAACCAGCAGAAAAUCUUAUCGUUAUCGUUUCGACGAAGAAACAACGGUGACAAAGUAGCAUUCUCUUUUUCUUUCUUUCAAUUUUUCUUUCGCCAACGAGAUACGAGAUCUUGUGGCGAAAAGUAAAAAAAGAAAAUAAGAAAAAAAGAGGGUGGAGAGAGGGUGCGAGACGAAAGUAAGGUGAAGUGCGUCGAAGUGGCUCGCGUGGUGUGUUCGAGAGGAGUGCUAAACCAGUGCUUCCUGGAUAAGUUUCUACCUUCGACACACGAGCUGGGAUAAUCAAAACAAAAGAAAAGAAGAGGAUUAAAAGAAAGGAAAGGGGUGGCAGCGUCGCGUCGGGCUACCACGAACCGAUAUAGUUGUUGAUAAACAACGAAGAGAAGGGAGAGUGUCAGCGGGUUUGAUUUGGUUCGGGUGCAACGGCAGCGCAGAUUCCAAUUUCCUUUUCUCCGAUGUCCUGAUAAUCGAUAAGCGUGGGUUAUAGGUGGCAGAGGACCGCCUAGGGCCGGCAGCGAUCGGCCUUAUCGACGUUCAAAUUUCCUCUUGCCUAAGGGACACUUUUAAAUAAAUGUUGAGAAACAACGACAAUUUUCAUCCCUCAACGCGAGGCCAAAUUUGGCACCCGGAUGUACCCAGAGUCGUCGGGAUGCCGAUCUCUCUGAGAAAUCACAGGAUCACAUAAAAAAGAGAAAAAUACGGUGCCGGGGAGAGAAACCUUUUCGAAUAUCCUGUUCAAAGAUCCACGAAGAGACUAGACUAGACGAGAGGGUGCUGCACUUUCGAUGCACCAAAAGUGAAGGAUGGAGGCCAGCGAGUGGGAUCACGCGACCUUGAGGGAAGAGGAAUUCGAGCAGCAUGCCGUGUAUUUGGUACCGGAUGUGGCGGCGUCUCCAACCGAUACCAAUCGCGCGGAAGCCUCCCUACCGAGAAAUUUGGUCCUGAAACCUUCUCAAGCCCUCAACGAUGUAUUGGGAGUUUGGAGUACCAGUUACAUUCCUAAGGGAACACGAUUCGGUCCUCUGGUGGGUCAAGUGUACACCAAGGACUCGGUACCGGCCGAUGCGAACCGGAAAUACUUCUGGAGGGUAUACAAGAACAACGAGCUGUUCUAUUACAUCGACGGUUACGACGUUCAGAAAUCGAAUUGGAUGCGUUAUGUAAACCCGGCUUACUCGUCCGAAUCGCAGAACCUGAUAGCAUGCCAGUAUAAAAUGAACAUUUAUUUUUACACCAUCAAACCCAUACUACCGAACCAAGAGCUUUUAGUAUGGUAUUGCAGAGAAUUCGCGGAGAGGCUCAAUUACCCGUUAACCGGCGAGCUGAUGCUUCAGAGAAUACGGCAACAAGUGCAACAAUCCGCGUUGCCGAGCGAAAUUCCAGCCACCGUCGAGGCAGUGUCUCCUCUAAAGGAUUCGUCCAUCUACGAGAGAAGGUCGCAAAUGACCCCGACCGACGGUUCUGUUCGAUCGGACGAGGGCUAUCACUCGAACGGUUAUCACGACGAGAUCCUAACGCCUCCGGAAGAGAGCAGCGAGUCGGACUCGGAGAACAACUACGUGUUGGACUUCAGCAAGAACGCGAAAGCGUCUGUGUGUAGCAACGAGGUGGUCAAGCAGGACAACGCAGCGGCGAAGAACGAGUACAGAAAGGUGAAGAUCAAGAUCACGAAGACCUACGGGAACUUUCAGACGUCGAAGGGUCUCGAAGCGAAUGGAAAAGACAAGGAUCAGGAGUUAGCGAGUCGUGCGGUGACCCCGGAACUACCCAAGCCGGUGUCUCCCAUCAUUCUACAGAAGAACGCCGUUCUGUCGACGGUGAACGAAGAAGAGAUACCGGAGAAAAAUCCGAAACCCUUCUACGAAUCCGAGGUGAAGGCUAAUUUACCGAGACCAGCCUACUUAACCAGCCCCAGCAACUCCAUCCUCGAGAACAUCCUCCUACGUAGCAGUACCGACAACAAUAACAACAACAGCCACAAUCAUCAUCACAGUGGGACCCAACAACACCACCAGCACCAUCAGAUACAUCAUCAAACGCACGUCGACUCGGUGACACCACCGCCGUCCAGUCCAACGGAGAUGGCCUACUCCUACAAGAAGUCCCAUCGUUACGGGAACAUUCUACCGUGCAGUCCCGAUUCUAGCUCGAAUCUACCGAUGCAGGCGGACACCUGCGUCAAUUCCACGAGCGGAAACAGUGCCCUACCGAUGCAAAGUCCGACGAGUAAUCUGCAUUCGAGCGCGGGCAACCUUCAUUCUAGCACGGGCAAUCUUCAUUCCAGCACCGCUCCCAACAACCUUCUACAAUCCCAUCCAGGGACCAUUCAUUCGUCCAGCAAUACAAGCAAUCAUCAUUCCACCACGAACGUUCUAUCCUCCAGUACGAUAUUAACGUCCACGAGUAACCUUCAUUCGUCAACCACGUCGACGAGCAGCUGUCCACCCAAGAGGAAGACCAAGAGCCCAUCGCCGUCUACCAAUCCCACGGGUACAUCAGCUCCGACGAUUCUCUACUCGAGUUCCGGUGGAUGUCAAAUCGAAUCUAGCACGGUGUAUCCGAACUCGGCAGCGAGUAGCAAUCAAAGCGUCUCGCCGAUUUCGCCGAUUCAAUCGCCGUCCUCGUAUCCGUACGGUAUUUAUCAUCAGAACGGGACGUUGCAUCACAACGUGGCGCCGUUGUCCAUCAAUUGCACCGCCUACUCGCCGACGCCGAGCGGAAACGUGGUGUACGAGAGGACAGACGGAAGGAGGCUGGAGGCUGCUACCAGCAGCCACCAACUACCCACCUCGUCCACCAUGCAGAUCGACACCAAUCAGACGUUGAUCGCUGGCACGCACAACCUCCACCUCGGUCAUCAUCCGGGUCUCACCAUACACGCAAACUCCGCGUCGUUGAACCGAUAUUCGCCCGCGAGCUCCUUGUCACCGGACGAUCACGGUUGCUCGCAGAGCGGUUCCCUUAGUCCUAACUCCCAAGGAUCCAGGGGUUACAGGUCGUUACCGUACCCGUUGAAGAAGAAAGACGGGAAAAUGCAUUACGAGUGCAACGUAUGCUGCAAAACGUUCGGUCAGCUGUCGAAUCUCAAGGUACAUCUAAGGACUCAUUCCGGUGAGAGACCGUUCAAGUGUAACGUUUGCACCAAGAGCUUCACUCAGCUGGCCCAUCUGCAGAAACAUCACCUCGUCCACACUGGCGAAAAACCACAUCAAUGCGAGAUCUGUAAGAAAAGGUUCAGUUCAACGUCGAACUUGAAGACCCAUCUCAGAUUGCAUUCCGGCCAAAAGCCAUACGCUUGUGACCUCUGCCCUGCUAAGUUCACCCAGUUCGUUCAUCUAAAGUUGCACAAGAGAUUGCACACGAACGAGAGGCCGUACACCUGCCAGGGUUGCGACAAGAAGUACAUCAGCGCGAGUGGCCUUAGGACACAUUGGAAGACGACCAGUUGCAGACCAAAUAAUAUCGAGGACGAGCUCGCCCUCGCAGCGGCCGUCGGUUCGCCGACCUACUACGAGUACGGUGGUCCCGAUAUGAAUGUCGGAAACAUGCCAAAAGAGUGCGAGCUGGAGCACAUCGAGAACUACGAAAGGCACGGAUCCGCACACGGUCCGCACUCCACGUCCCUCCACAAUCUGGAGAACUCGGUGGGACGACCAAGCGUCAUAGAGACCUCCCAGCCUCACAUAAUCGAGUGCACCUAAGAACCGGGGGUAUGAGCCCUUUUGCUCAAGCGCAAAAUAUCCAGCCGUGGAAUAGUAAACGAGUUGCUCGCGACACACGAGAAACCGACCUGUUUUUUAAUCCUCGCGAACCUGGCGACUGAUAAUAACACGAUUCCCGGUUCACGGUACACGAGGAAUUCUUUUCGAAAUGAACAUAUUUUUUCUUCGUUUCAUUCGUCGCAGGCAACGUGUAAUUAAACAGAAGUGAAUACGUAUAAAGGAUAGAAAGAAGAUAGCGGAACGAUAGCGAUGAUCGCAAAACUUGAGUGAGAUUACGUGCAACAAAGUAAAAAUUCGGAGGUUGUUAAUGAUGUAAAAGAAAUGAAAAAAACGUUGUUGCUUGGUUAUUGUUAUACGCGAAGGAAUUCAAGCUUUUUUAGUGGAUAACUCAUCGUGGAAAGCUGGUUAAUUUUUUGAAAUCGUUACACGUCGAUCGUGAACGCGAACAAAGUUCGAUUUCUCUCAGGAGGUUGGACCGAAUCGACGAGAUUCCAGCUAAAUGCAGAAAAAUAAGGCGAAAGAGAGAGAGAGAAAAAAAGUUCCUUCCUUGUAAAUACUCGUUUCUAUAUUUUUUCUAAUAGUAGCGCCACCAACGAACACGAAUUCAUAUAAAAAGAAGAAUAAACGAGAGAAAUGUGAAGCGUAGACGAAACGGAAAAGGGACGAAACGAAGUAGGAUUAGUGUGUCUCGAGUCGUCACACGAUGUCAUUUUCGGAUAUAAAGUCGAGAGAAUACGAGCAACCGAAAAGUCGUUCGAGCUUCUCGAUUAUCCUUCCACGGUCCAUCCUGGAACGAUGCAUAGAAUAAUGGUACCGUGCGCUAACGUGUCGUUACUUUUUCUUCCACUAAAUACUUCCAUUGCUCGACCAAACUAAUUUAUUUUACAACACUUGAAAACUUUGCUGGCAAUAGAAUUCGGAUUUCAAAUUGAAAUAUUCGAAAUGUUUGAAAUUCGAAUUCUUUUCCAAAAAAAAAAAAAAAAUAUUGAAAGCGCAUUCUAUAUUCUGACUACAGUAAAUAGAGACGCAUACCCUUCUUCCUCGCGUGUGUAUCGCGGUACCAUUUUCUACGCGUUCGAGCCUGGGAAGUUAAAAGUGAAAAAUAUUAAAGAAAAAUUCUAUCAAGGCGGACUUUGUCGGCACCCGCCAGCAAAUUCGAGAAUGCGCGCGCGAAGAAGAAAAGCGAGAAAGACGCGACGAUCGAACGAACAACCAGUGACGACACGACUGCAACUAUACGAGACCUGUACCUGUAUAUAAUAACAUUACUAUUAAUUAUUCGAUAAUUUAAAAGGUAAUAUAUAUAUAUAAUAUAAGGAGCUCUAAUUUAUGAAUAUCUUUAUAUAUGUAUAUGUAUAAAAGCAACAAAAAAAGAACAAAAAAAUAAUUAAAUCGUCGUCGAUUGGCGAGGAAAACGGUAGGCUGCGCUCUACACGGUACUUUUUUUUUUAAUAAAACACGAAACUUUUUUCAAAGUUAAGUGAUUUAUUACACGCGUACUAUAGUAACGUUAAAAACAAGAAGAGAAAAAAAAAAACUUUCGGUGAUCGAGUAUCUAUAUUUAUAUUUAUACACGUUCGUAUACAAGCAUACAGUGGGUGCAAAAAGUACUCGUGCACCGAUCAACUUUAAGCGAUACUUCACUGUUACGUGAAUAUUUUUAAUAAUUUCUGAAAUAGAGUUCGUGCAAACAAAUAAUUAGGUACUCGUAUAAUUGGGGAAAUUAACGAGGAAAGUUCAGAAACCGAUAGAGAUGUACGAGCAAUAAAUAUUCGUACGACUGAUCGAUGACAAAUCUACCUAAAAGUUUCAAAACCACUCAGAAAUGAAUCAAUUACUUACUUAUAAGUUAAUUUCCAUCGAUUUUUCAAUUUUUCUCAUUAAUUUCCUGAAUUAUCCAAGUACUUGAUUCUUGUUUCACGCGAUAUCUAUUCGAGUUUGAAACUGAUCGCUAUACGAAUACCUUCCGCGCCUGCUGUAUAUAGAUAUAAGAAUAUAUACAUAUAUAUUUUUUAGGCAUCCUUUUGUCGUGGAAUUUUCGAAACGGUAAACCCGAUCUGUCGACCCACGCGAACGAAUCGUUUUAAUUUUCCAUUAUUUCUUUUUCUACUCCAUUCUGGAGCAAACCUCUCGAUUCUCGACGCUAUUCUUCUCGUUUUUAUCGAUCGUUUCGAACUUACGGUUUCUUUUCUCCGGUUGUGGACGUUAAAACCGUCGUUGCAACGAAACGAUGACUGGGAAGCGUCGGGGAAACAAAUCUUAUCGCGAUCGCGCACAAAAAUUGACUCACGGUGACGUCAAAUGAUAACACGUAUUCAAUUAAUUGUCAUUUCGUGUUAUUAGUGGCAAUAACGAUCGAUGACGAAGCGUGGCGCGCUGGAAACGCAAUAUUUGCGAAAGGAUUGGCUUUGUACGAUCGAGAUCGACGACGCAUAUAUUUAUACCGUGGAAAGAGAAAUUUUCUCCCAAAAAUUCUUACUACGGAAAACUCGGUCUCGAACGAAUCAAGCAUCGAUUCGCAGCGUGCCGUGUACGAGGUAAAAAGCAAAAGGCUCGGGGGUGAUUUUCAUCGGGAACAAAUCAAAACGCGCACACUAACAACGGGAACAUCGGGUAAAAUUCGCCGCUAUCGUGAGAAUGUGAAAGCAAGGGAGAUAAAUCUAGUCAAGAAGAAAAAAAAAAAAGAAACUAAUUUCAAUAUUUAGCCGAGCCUUCGAUUCGCGCCUCGUUUCAACGCGAUCGUUAUACCACUUAUCAUAUCUUUAUAUUAGGCUUAUGAAAAAGUAAUAACUGUUUUCUUAUCGCAAGUUGACAUUUUUAAUCUUUUCGUUAUUUAUAGAGUGUGAAGAAAGCAAUUGAAAUACUGAUCACCAUCAGAUAGAUUAAGAAAUUAAUGAAAAAAGAAAAUUCGAACGUACUAAUUGGUGCUGUGACAAUGGAGACACCAUUUAUUUCGUAAUCUCUUCCAUUGAUUUGAACAAAAUUUCGUUUACUAGGUACUUCCAUUAAGUUUUAAGCAUCUAAUCGUCGAGUUAUCACGAUGAGAAAGCGCAGCCUACCAUUAAAAUGCGAAACGACAGAGAUCGUGGUUCGAUCAGCGAUUCUCGGCGCCUCCAAAAAAAGAAAAGAUAAAAUGAUUUUUAAAGAACGUAACGAUGAGACUAAGCUGGAAUCGCUAAUCGAUAACGAUGAUAGCACAUUGCUAAGUAUCGCAGACUGAUAUACGCACGGUUAUCUAGCAUAAAAAAAAAGAAGAAAACAGAAUAAAACGGAAAUAGCAAACGAAAAUUACGUGCAUCGCGAUACGAUUCCAAGAGCGAACAGGAUCCGGAUAAACGGGAAUACGAGAAGAAACAAACGGUUGGAAUUCACAGAGCACGUUCGAGAAACAUUAGCAUUUCGAACUUCCUCCUUUCACAAUGCCUCUUCAAUUUCGAAAAGAAAAAAAAAAAAAAAGAAACAGAACAGAAAAGAAAUCCAAAGGUUCCAUACGUCCACCGAUCCAUCUAUCCGUUUUAGCUUUGGAACGUAACAAGUUCAAUGGUUCCUGCAAAUAUGUCAUGGUGCUCGUCGUAAAGAUCCUUCAAAGGAACUGAUUUUUCUUUAUGUAGUACGUUUUCUUCCGGUUUCCUUACGGUGAACCCUUUUCUCCCCACCCUCUCGAAACAGAGGGUUUCAUUUUUACCCUUGAAUCGAUGCUUCGACUGCGUAAGUUUAAGGCAGCUUUAAGAAAGAAAAAAAAGGAAAAGAAAUGAAGUCGAAGAAGGUACGAUUCGCAGGGCCUUUUAAUUUGUUGAUUUUUCGCAAAAACACGUUGACAGAAAAAAAGAAAAAAUGAAAACGGGCAACGCGGAGAACUCGGGCAUACUACCGAAUAAUUAGGCCAAAAAUGAAAAUUCUUACAUCAGAGAUAUGUUAUAUGUACGCUAUAAUAGCGGUCCAUUGGUCGAAUAGAGAAACGCGCAGGACGCUGAAGACCAUGUAUCCUGAUCGCGGGUCAAUAUCGUAGAGGAACACGUUUCUAUAAUGUUGACUUCCGAUUACGAAUUUAGGCCUGCACACGUAAUGUUUAGGCAUAGAAACGGCAUUGGAAACGGGGACUUACGUGAAAAGAAUAUUCUGUGUAUUUUGUUUAUAUCUGUCUUUGCCCGGGAUCAAAUUGGUUUUACAUAUUAUCACUUCGCUACGAAAGGGGUGACAUGAAAAUUCUACCCUUGUUAAGAACGAGGAAAGAUCGUGUAAAUACAAAAUCCGGAAAUGCAACUCUCCCUAAAAUUGUAGGUGAACGAUGUUGAUUACGUAUAUUUUUUUACAAGUUUCAUACUGAGGAUGAAGAACCAUGGGCAAUGGGUUUCCAAUGGCGUUUUGUCGAUCGUUAUUCCGUGUAUUGCCACGAUUUCCUGCCUUGCCCGCAUUAAACGCACUAUUAUACAUAACGGAGCGAUGAAGGGAGAAAGAUAAAACGAAAGAGUGAGAGUGAACGAGUGAAUGAGAGAAUGAACGAGGCGAACCUAGUAUUAUAAGAUUUAAAUUGUGAAAAACAUAAAAAAAGAGAGAGAGAGAGAGAGAGAGAGAGAGAAGAAGAGGAGGAACGAGAAACGGUACGGAGAAACUAAAGAGAAGAUCGUGUAAAUACUCUAAGAAAGUAGAAUGAUCGAAGGAAACAAGCGAUUUAACCGCCUCGACAACACAAGACAAGCAAUAUUUAGUUCUUACCGUCUCGUAAAAAUAAUUAAUGAGAAGAAAAAAAAAACGAUAACUCCAACUGUACUUGUACACAACACACAGGUGUACACGGCUCGUACGUAUUUAAACGACUAUAAAUUAAAUGUUAAUUAUCCUUACACUUCGUAUAAUAUAGUAAAAUUGUUACGCAUUUAUUAUCAUUACAAUUAUUGAAUAGGUAAUGCUCAAUUAGCAUUUGUUUCUUAAA